AUUUUAGCCCAAAUAAAGUUUAAAAUCAAGUUUUGUGACAUCCCCCAUAUUUAUGAGUAAAAAUAGAACUUGCCAUCAUUCUAAUUGUGUAUAAAACUCUCUGUUUUGAAAUAGGAAUUUAAAAAGGGGCUUUUUUCUUUCUUUCUUUCUUUCUUUCUUUCUUUCUUUAUCAAGUAUAAUGUUGUCCAAGUCUCAUUGGUGGAUUCUCCCCAAUUGCCUUUAUUACAAAUGUUCUGAGAGGGGUAAAGAAUGGGAGGAGAUGAAUAACAGAGUCCGAGGGUUGUAGAAAAAAAAAAGCUGAAUACUAAAUUUUCAAAGGAUGAAAGAAGAAAAAUGGAGGUAAGAAAACUAAAGCCAGAUGUCUGUCACCAAAAUGAGACAGAAAAAGCUGAGUUCCAUGUGUGCUUCAUGCUCUAUUAUCAUCCAUGUUUUUAUUACAGAGGGCUUGUUGCUCUGAAAAUGCAUUGCCCUAUUAGAUAAUAUUGCUUAUUUCUUUUAUUUCUUUAUCAUAAUUGUUAAUUGUGUAAGACAAGCCUAAGCAUUUCUUUCCUGUCCUUACUAGACUCAAUUGGGUUUACACAGUGUGUACAUAGACCUACGCACUGCUUUAACCACACCCUCGAUCUUGUCCUGGCUUAUGGCCUCGAAGCUGAAGCCCUGUUAGUCAGCUCAUUAAAUCCUCUUUUAUCUGAUCACUUUCUAGUAACUUUUGAAUUUAUGCUUUCAGGCUACUCUCCCCAUAACAAAGCCGUGCUAACUAGAAGGUUGUCUGAAAAUGCUGUGACUAAGUUCAAGGAGGUAAUUCCAUCUGCUCUAAAUCCUGUGGUUGAAAAGAACUUCGGUGAUAGCUUAUACUUAAACAUCAGUCCCUUGCAACUUGAUCAGUUCGUCGAUGAUACCUCAGGCACAUUGCGAUCAAUUCUAGACUCAGUUGCUCCUCUUCGACAAAAAACUCUUACACGCGAGAGGCUAGCCCCGUGGUAUAAUGUCAAAACCCGUGAGCUGAAACAGUUAUUAAGAAGACGUGAAAGGAUUUGGCGCUCUUCCAAAACAGCUGAAGCUCGUUUUCUCUGGCAGGAAUGUCUUGAUAAAUAUAAGAAGGCCCUACGACGUGCUCGGACAACUUACUACUCGUCUCUUAUUGAGGAAAAUAAGAAUAACCCCAGAUAUCUCUUCAGCACUGUAGCCAGGCUGACGGACUGUCAGAGCACCGCUGAACCAUGUAUCCCAUUAGCCCUCAGCAGCGACGACUUCUUGAGCUUUUUCAAUGAUAAAAUUUUAAAAAUAAGAGGUAAAAUUAGUAAGCUCUUGCCUUCAUCAGGUGUCUCUCUCUUAGAUAACCCUAAAAAUGUUGAGGAGCCCCUAAGGCCUCUGGUGCACCUAAGUAACUUUGCACCUAUUGACCUUCCUGAGUUAAAGUCAGUGGUGUUGGCAGCCAAACCAACUAGGUGUCUUUUGGACCCAAUUCUGUCUAAACUGCUAAAGGAAACUCUUCCUUUGAUCAGUACGUCCUUGCUUAAAUUGAUUAACACGUCUUUAUCAACAGGAUAUGUUCCCCAGUCUUUCAAGACUGCAUUGAUUAAGCCUCUCCUUAAAAAACCUACUCUUGACUCAAGCACCCUAGCUAACUAUAGACCAAUAUCCAACCUUCCUUUUAUUUCUAAAGUCCUGGAGAAAGUUGUUGCGAAUCAACUCUGUGAUUUUCUUCAUAACAACGGUUUAUUGGAGGAUUUCCAGUCUGGAUUUAGAACCCAUCACAGCACAGAGACUGCUCUGCUGAAGGUGACAAAUGACCUACUCAUGGCCUCAGACAGUGGUCUUCUCUCUGUUCUCGUCCUGUUGGAUCUUAGUGCUGCGUUUGACACGAUCGACCACUGCAUCCUGCUUCAGAGACUGGAACAAUCUAUAGGCAUAGCAGGAUCAGCUCUCUCCUGGUUUAAAUCGUAUCUAACGGAUCGAUCCCAGUUUGUCCAUGUUAAUAAUGAAUCCUCUGCACACACCAAGGUCUGCUACGGAGUGCCGCAAGGGUCAGUGCUUGGACCGAUCCUUUUUACCCUGUACAUGCUUCCGCUGGGGAAAAUUAUGAGGAAGUACUCGAUUAAUUUCCACUGUUAUGCAGAUGACACCCAGCUAUACCUAUCCAUGAAGCCGGAGGAAGCAGGCCAGGUUGCCAGGUUGGAAGCCUGUCUCAAGGAUAUAAAAUCCUGGAUGACCAACAACUUUCUGAUGCUCAACUCAGACAAAACUGAAGUUCUUGUCCUCGGUCCUAAACACCUUAGAGAGGCAUUCUCUAGUAAUUUAGCUACAUUUGAUGGUAUCAGCCUGGCAUCCAGCCCCACUGUGCGAAAUCUGGGAGUUUUAUUUGAUCAGGAGUUGUCUUUUAGCUCCCACAUUCAACAAAUUUUUAGGACAGCUUUUUUCCACCUGCGCAAUAUCUCAAAAAUUAGACGCAUCCUGUCUCAGAGCGAUGCAGAAAAACUGGUCCAUGCCUUUGUUACCUCUCGACUGGACUACUGUAAUUCUCUCUUAUCAGGCUGCUCCAGUACGUCAUUAAGGACUCUUCAGCUGGUCCAAAAUGCAGCAGCUUGGGUACUGACUAGAACCUGAAGAAGGGAGCACAUCUCUCCUGUCUUAGCCUCUCUUCACUGGCUCCCUAUUAAAUCUAGAAUUGAGUUUAAAAUCCUCCUUGUGGCAUAUAAAGUGCUUAACGGCCAGGCUCCAUCAUAUCUCGACGAGCUAGUUAUACCGUACUUUCCAUCUAGACCGUUACGCUCACAGUCUGCAGGCCUGCUUGUUGUACCAAAUGUCUCUAAAAGUAGUACUGGAGGGAGAGCCUUCAGCUACCAGGCACCUCUCCUCUGGAAUCAUUUACCGCUCGAGGUUCGGGGGGCAGACACCCUCUCAACUUUCAAGAGUA